AUGAAUGAUAUUAACUCCCCACAUGUGUCAAGCAUUACUUUUAUUAAUAGUAAUGGUGUAAUAAUUACAACAGAAAUUAAAAAAUCAAAUAAAAAAAUGAAAGGAAACUUAAAUGAUGAAAGCAAUUAUGUUUUUUAUGAAAAAGAUUUAGAUCAUAUUAAAAAUGUUGUUCUUACUUUAAAGCCAUUUCAUAAAGAAUUUGAAGAUAAUGUAAUAUUUAGAAUUAAAAAAAGAGAAGAUAAAUAUCGCUGUGAAUGGGUUUUACUUCUUAAAACAAUUAAAGAAGGUAUAAAAAAUGAAAACAACAAAAAUUUCACAGAUAUAGAAGAAAAUGAAUGUGGAAGUGUUGAAAAAGAAGAAAUAGAAGAAAAAACAUUUGAAUGUAAUGAUAUAAAAGAUAUUAUGUUGAAAUAUGUAUAUUGUAUUACGUAUUUUGAUAAUUACAUUGGAAAUUUAAGAAAAAAAAUUGCAAAAAGUAGUUCUAAGAACGAUAAUUUUAUUAAUGAAUAUAUCAAGAUAAAUCAUGAUUUUGCGAAAAAUAAUUCGAAAAGUGAUUUUAUGAAUGAAUACUUGAAAAUUAAUGAUAAUUUAGAUAAUGAUAGAGAUGUUAGCUUUGAUAAUUUAUCUAAAAAUAAUAAAUUGCUAAUGAAUAAUAAUACCUAUAAUAGUUUAAAUGAACAAAAUUUUAAAUUUUCAACAAAUCUUAACAAUCAUAACAAUAAUAUAAUUAAUGAAAAUAUGAAUAAUAUUAAUUGUAAUAAAUAUAAUAAUAAUGAUAUUAAUAAUGAUUCCAAUAACAUAAGUAUAUUAAGAAAUUAUGAUAGUGUUGAUCACGAUUUAAAACAAAAAAUUGAUAAUAAAAAUUUGAUUAAAUACAAUUUCUGUGAUGUUGUAAAUAAUAAUUCUAAUUAUAAUACUAACUACAAUUCUCUACCCUAUAAAGUUGAUGAUUUUUACGAUUUAACUGAAGAUAAUUCAUUAAAAAGUUAUAAUGAUGAUCAUGUAAAAUUAUUUAAAAGAUUACUUUAUAAUAAUUGUAAUACAGAGGAGAAUAAAGCAUUAAAUGAUUUUAAUAAAAAUGUAAGUUUCAAUAAAUUAGGGAUGAAUGAUAAUUACUAUGGUUCACAUAAGAUAAAAGACGAAAUGACUAACUAUAACAAAAGAAAUUUAUUGAUGAAUAAUGAGAAUUCUUUGAUAGAUUUGAUUGAUUGUAAUAAGAAUACUACUAAUAAGAAAUCAAAAAACGAAAAUAAAUUUUUACAAAUUUUGGAAAAAAAUUUAAAUAUUUUAAAAUAUAAGAAACCAAACAUGUUUAUGAAUGAUGAAUCUUUACGAAAAGAACUAGUUCAAUUUUUAAAAGAUAAUGAACAUGGAAAAUUGAACGAUAAUAAAUUAGUUAAAAAUAAUAUAAAAGAUAUAUAUCAAACAGAAGCAAAAAAAAAUUCUUUUUAUCAAGAAAAUAUAAACAAUUUAAAAAAAAUAUCAUCAGGUACUUUAAAUUAUUUCACUAAAAAAAAUAACAAUAUGAAAUGUAAUUUUCAUCAGGAAAAUGUUAGCAUUAAUUCAUUAUCUAAUAAUUUUCUAGAUUUUUCUGGUACAUCUAUAAGUAGUGAAAAAAAUAUAAAUAUAUUUGAUGAAAAAAAUAGAAAAGUAGAAAAUAAUAACUUAAGUGAUAAAAAUGAUGAAAUUAAUAUAGAAUUAAUCAAAUUAUUUUUGAAAAGUCAAAUAAAAAAUAAUGAUAAUAGAAUCUUAAAUGAACAAACUAAGUUAAAUGAAAAUUUUCAAAAAUUACAAAAAAAAACUUAUUUAGAGCAAAGAAAGAACGAAGAUGAAACAAACACUAGUUUCCUUUUAAGUGAUAAAAAUUAUGAAAAUCAUGAUAAAUCAUCUAAUGAAAAUAAUAAUAUUUUUAAUAAAACUAAAAAUAUAUCGGACAUUAAUGAAAUACAAAUAGAUAUAAAUAAAAAAAAACUUGAAUUUAGAAAUAGGAAAAAGGAAUUAGACAAUAAUCGUGGAAAUUCUAUUCAUUUUAAUGAAAUAAAACAUGCAAAUGAACUAAGUGAAAAUGAAAAUAAUUUAAAAAUAAAUGAAUUAAAUGAAAAUGAAAAUAAAAAAGAAGCAAUGUCAUCAAACCCUCACUAUGAAUAUAUCGUAAGUGAAAUAUUAAAAUUUAUGAUUAAACUUAAGAAUGGUAAUUCAAGUAAUAUGAAAAAUGAUAUAAAUGAAAUUGAUACAAAUCUUCUUAAUAAUACUAUAAUAAAAUUUGUUAGAGAUUUAACACCAAAUGAAAUGAAUCAAUUAAUUUCAAAUAAGGAUUACAUUUUUUCCAAAAUAAUAAAUGAUAAAUAUGCAAAUGUAGAAAAAAGUAAUGUUGAUAAUUUAAAAAGUCGUGAUUGUAUUUAUUUAAAUGCCAAUAAUGAAUUACCACAAGCAUGUAACAACCUUAUAAUGAAUGCAUAUAAAAAUAAUACAAAUGAUGAUGAACAGCCACACUUUUAUAAUAAUACAAAUAUUUUACAUUUAAAUAAAAAUAAAUCAAAAGAUAAACAUUUUGAUGAAAAUUUUUUAUUUAAUUUAAAGAAACAAAUUGAAAAUGAUACUAACAAUACAAUAAGUAGUAAAAAUUUAAAUAUAACUAACAUGAUAAAAACAAACAUGAUAAAUAAUUUAAAUUAUACAAUGGAUAAUUCACAAAAUGUUAUAUUUUAUAAUAAUAAUAAUAAAAUUAAAUUAAAGGGGGAAAAAACAAAAAAAAGAGGUUCAGAUAGUUUGGACAGUGAUGAUCAUUUUAUAGAAGAUAGAAAGAUGAAGGAUGUUAAAAUAUGUAAAUCUAAAAUAAAUAAAAUUAAAAAUAAUAUUAUUAAUUCCAAUGAUGACAUUAAUUUGAUUAAUACAAAAAUUUGUGAAGAAAUUAAUAAUGGUAAUAAUAAUAACAAUAAUAUUCAUGAUAAUAAGAGCAUAUUUAAAUUAUCAAAUGAAAAUAUAGAUCUUUUAUAUAAUUAUUAUUUACAUGUUUGUAAAAAUAAUAUGAUGUAUUCUAAUUUAUAUAAAAACAAUAAUAAAUUAUUAGAUAAUUCAAAUACUAAUUAUGUAAAUAAUAUAAAUUCUCAAAGUAACAUAAAUAUACACAAUAAUAAUAUUAAUAAUAUGAGUAAUAAUAAUAUUAAAAGUAAUAAUCAUAUUAACAAUAACAUUAAUAGUAAUAAAAGUAUUAAAAAUCAAAUAGAUCCUAUUAAAAAUUGUAUUAAUAUUAACAAUAACAAUAAAAACAUUAAUAAUAAUAAUAUGAAUAUGAAUUGUAAUGAUAAUUACAAAAAUACAAGAAAUGUGACAGAUCAGGUAAAUAAAAUAUUCCACAAUUGCUUUUGUAAUUUAAAGAACCUUAAUGAUAAAACUAUAUGUAACAAAUUAUUGAACCAUGGAAACGAUAGCAAAAAUUAUGAAAAUUUUAUAAAUAAUUUAAAAAAUAAUCAUAAAGUUACCAAUUUGAAGAAAAAUGAAGAAGAAUUAAGUGAAAACAUAAAGUUAAAUGAUCGAUCUCAAUGCAGUAAAAAUAAUACAGAAAACAACAGUUUUAGUAAAGGUAGCAUUUUGCAGAAUUAUCAUUCAAACAACUUAUUAAAUAUUGUAAAAAAUAAAGAAGUAUGUGACAAUAAAAAAAUGACAAAUAAUAUGAAUAUUUUAGAAAGGAUAGAAACUUUUAAAAAGUUUGAAAAUGAAUUUAAAUCUUUUAUGAGUAGAUAUCAAAAUAAUGAGUUUCUAAAUAAUUAUCAGAAAAAUGUAACUCAAUUUGUAGAAGAUUUUAAAAAGAGAAGAACAUCCAAUUCUCACCAUGAUCUUCCAAAUAAUGCUAAUUUAAAUUUGAAAUAUAAUGAUGAACAUAUUUUAAAAGCUAUUUUAAUAAAUAUGAUAAAAGAAUUAUCUAAUUCAAAAAAUUACCUAAAUAAAGAUACAUCUGGUUCAAAAAAUAAUAAUAAUAAUAAUAAUAAUAAUCAUAAUAAUAAUAAUAAUCAUAAUAAUAAUAAUAAUAAUAAUAAUAAUAAUAAUAAUAAUAAUAAUCAUAGUAAUAAUAAUUUAUCUUUUAAUGAGUGUAAUAAAAAAAAAAAUUCAUUAAAUCUAGAUAAAAAUGCAUAUAAAAAUAUAAAUAGUAAUAUGAAUCAGCAAUUUCAUAAUAAUAUUAAUAACAAUGUUAACUAUAAUGUAAAUAUAGAUACAUUUAAGAAUAUAUAUAAAAAACUACUUAUAAAUAAUAAUUUAAAUAAUACGAAUAAUUGUUAUAAUAACUAUUGUCAUAGUAAUAUUAUUAAUUUUAAUAAUUGUAGCAAUAAUAAUUAUUAUUACAAUAAUAAAAUUUUAAAUCAAAAUGUAAAUAAUAUAGCGAAAGUUGAUGAGUAUAAUAAUAUGAAUAUUUAUAAUAAUAUGAAAUGCAAUACUAGUAAAAAUAUGGAUAUUAAUGCAAACACUCACAUUAAUAAACAAACAAAAAAUGUUAAUACAAGUACAUUUAAUAUAUUUGAUAAUAAAAAAUCCCUUAAUAAUAAUGAUAAUAAUAUUAAUAUUAAUAAUAAUAAUGAUAAUAUUAAUAUUGCUACCACUACGACUACUACUACAACUACUACUACUACAAAUAAUAAUAAUGAUAAUAAUAAUAAUAAUGAUAAUAUUGAUAAUAAUAAUAAUAAUAAUAAUAAUAAUAAUAAUAAUUCAUGUUUUUUCUUUAAUAAUAAUUAUAUUAAUUCAUCAAAAAACUUGAUUAAUGAUGAAAUUAUUUUAAAUAAGGAAAAUAAUUCAAGCAUUAAAAAAGAUGAUAUGAAUACAAAUAUUAGUAUGAUUAAUUUAUAUACCAAUAAUUAUCAAGAAAUUAACAAAAUGAAAGGUAUAGAAAAAGAAUUUUCUCAACAGCAUAUUAAAACUAAUUUAUAUGAUGAGAAGGUUUUAAAAAAUAAAAGCAAUAAUUAUAAAAAUGAUAACAUUUCAAAUAUAGAAAGUAAUACAAUCAUUGACUCCUUGUUUAAUAAUAAUGAUCGUAAUUUAAAUCCAUUAAAAUUAGAUGAUGAUAUGAGUAAUACAGAUAAAAUUAGAAGAAAAGAAAUUUUCGAAGAAUUUCAAAUAAAAAAUAAGGAAAAAUAUUCUUUUAUUUUUAAUUCCAAUAUAGAUGAUUCCUCUACUAUUUCUAAUUUCUCCAAUUGUACGCAAAGCUUGCAAAGUAUUAAUGAUUUAAAUAGUAAUCAAUGUGAUAAUUUUAAUAUACCAAAAAAAGAUGAUAUAAACAUUAAAUUAACAGAAAAUUUAUUACAAAAUAAUGAUAUUAAUAUUGAUAAAAAUUAUCAUUUAAACAAAAAAAAAAAAAAAUUUUUUAUUGACCUUAAAAGUAUGAAGCAGAGUAAUCUUAAAGAAUUGUUAUUGAAAAAAUUAUGUUACCAAAAUAUGAGUAAAAAUUACAAUUCAGAAAAAAAUUAUCUUGAAAACAGUAUGCACUUGAUAAAAAGCAAAAAUAAAGAAUGUGUAUAUAGAAGUGUAUAUAAUGAUAAAAAUUCCAAUAAAUGUUAUGAUAUAAAUGUAAAAACCAGUUUUUAUAAUAGCUAUUCAUCAUAUAGUUCUUUAAAUAUAAAUUUCUUUUGCCUUUUUGAUGAUAUGUAUGAAAAUUUUUUUAAGAAUGAUUUUGAAGACCGUGAAAAAAUGAUAAAAAUACUAAACCUUGAUAAGGACGUCUGCUAUAAUCAAUUGUUAACUUUUUAUAAAAAAAAAAUAUUCUUUGAAAGUAUAGACGAAAGAGAAAAAAAGAAUUUGUUGAAUUCAUAUAGUGGAACUAACUUAAAUAAGAACAAAAAUAUAAUAGAUGAUAAAAAUCUAUUAGUUUUAAAAGAUUUCCAUAUGAAUAAUAUUACAUUAGUAGAUAAAGAACAUUAUUAUAAUCAUAAUAAAGAUUUAUUAUAUAACAAUGAUAUAAUGCGUAAUAAAAUAUAUUAUAAUUUAAAAGAUGAAAAUGAUUUGAAUAGUUUUAAAUUUAAAGAAGAAGUAGAUUAUUUUAAAAAGCUAAUAAGUGAUAUGGAUAAUUUUAAACAAUUAUAUAAUAUCAAAACAAACAAUAAGAAUAGUUCUGAUAUUAAAAAUAAUAAAAGAAAUUUUAUGAAAACUUGUAAUAAAAAUAUAAAUAUUGAUGAAACAGUAAUAACUAAUUUAAAUGAUAUAAAUAAUGAAAAUAUUGAAGAAUGUGAUAAAUCUAUUAAAGAAAAAAAUGGAAAUUUUUCCGAUUUAGAAAUAGGAUCAUCAUUAAUUGAAUUAAAUAAUUCGCAAUUAAAAAAUAAUAUUCUUAAUGAUAAUAAUAUUAAAUUUAACGACAAAAAAGAAAUAAAUAUUGAAAAAGAUAAGAACAAUAAAGAAGAAGAAGUAAGUAAUGAAAAAGGAAAAAUUACUAAAAUUUCAGUAAAUAAUACAAAAGAAAAAUGUGAUAUAAAUGAAGGAAUUGAUGAAAAAAAAUAUAUGGAUAAUUUUAAAGAAAAUUUUAGUGAUAAUUCUUUUGAUAGUGAUAAUGCACAUGAAUUAUUGGAAACUGUUUUUGAAAAAUCUGAAGAUGAAGAAACAAAAAAUGAUAUUAUAAAUCAUAAAAACACUAUUGAAUUUGAGAUAAAUAUAAAAAACUUAGAAGAGGAAAGUAGUGUAAUGUUUAAAUUUAUAUCUCACAAAAUCAACUGUAUAAGAAAUAAUAUGUGGAAUCAAAAUAUUGAAGAGUUACAAAAUAAAGAAAUAAAUGAAUUAUUAAAAAACAAAGGAAAUGAAAAGAUUUCUGAUAUAAGUAAUGAGAAAAAAGAAGAUACUAACAAUCCGAAAAAUGACAUUUAUUAUUUUAAUAUAUACACUAAUGUAUGGGAAAACGUUGACUUAAAUGUUAGUCAUAAAUUAUUAGCAUCUUUGCAACUAAAAAAAAAAAUAAUAAAUAAAUAUUAUAAAAAUGAUUACGAAGAUAAAAAUUUUAUAACAUUUAGUGAAUGGAGUAUUUAUAAUUUAAUAAUAUCAAAAAUAUAUAAAAGUAUAGAUAUGAAAAAAUUUGAAGAUUAUCAAUUGAAAGUAUAUAAAAUGAACAAGUUUCAGUAUGAACUAAAAAAAAGAAGCACUUAUAAUUUUGGAAUUAAAGUAGUAGGAAAUUUAUAUUCUAAAAAAAGUUAUCAACAAAAGAAUAAAAUAAAAGAAUAUAAACUGAAUGAAAACAAUAAAAAUUCUAAAAAUUCGGAAGAGUAUUCUGAUAUCUAUGAAUAUGAUGAUGAUGAUAUAGAAGAAGAUGAGGAAUAUGACUAUGAAGAAGAUGAAGAAGAAGAGGAAGAAGAAGAAGAGGAAGAAGAAUGUUUUAGUACGGAAAAAGAUUCAAAACAUGAAAUUAUAAAUGAUACUGAUAGUGAAAAUAAUAAUGAUAAAAAUAAAAAUGAUAAUAAAGAAUAUCAUAUAUGGAAUCAUAUGGACAAAAAAGGUAUAAAAGAAGAGAAGGAUAGUAAAAUUAUAAUCGUUGAUAAUGAAAAAAGAGAAUUAAGCAAUCUUAAAAAUGCAUUAAAUUCAAAUGAAGAAAAGGAAAGUUUUGAAGAGAAAGGGAAUAAUGGUAACAAAAGCAUGCUACUAAGAAGAAAAAGAAGAAGUAGUAUGGUAAAUAUUAAUUAUAAUGAAAAUAUUUUAAAUAAAUUAAGUAGUAAAAGAAAUAAAAAAUUAAAAGAAAAUGAUAAAACAGAAAAAUCAAAUCAUAGUUCUUAUGAUAUAUCAUCUAAACAAAAAAAUAUUAAAAAUAAAAAGACUCAAAUGUUUAAAAAAAAAAUAAGAGGAAGAAGAAAUUUUAACACUAUGAAAAAUAAAAAAUCGAACUUUUAUUACUUAAUACAAUUACCAGAUUAUGCAAGUUAUAAGGAAUUAAUAAAAAGUAAAAGUGAAUGUUUACCAACAUAUAUAUUACAAUAUGAGCAUUUAAAGAAAAAUGAAUGUAUUUUUUUUAAUAUUCAGAAUCAUUAUAAUAGUUUUAUUAAUAAUGUUUAUCAUUUCGCUAUUAGUUAUGAGCAGUCAUUGAAACAUAAUGAAUAUCUUAAUAACACAUUAAAUAAUGUUAAAGCGAGAUUACAUAUUAAGAGAUUAUGUUUAAAAAAAAACAUUACAAUUAGAGACAACAUUUAUGAUAUAUGUAAUACUUAUUUUAACGAUUUAUAUACAUAUGAUUCUAAUCAUCAUACGUUUUUUUUUCAGAAUUCUAAGAAGAUUAAAAUGAAUGAAAUAGAAAAGAUGAUAAAUAAUCAAGAUUAUUAUAGUAACUAUGUGAAUGAUUAUUUAGAAAAUGAAACAUUAAAAAAGAAGAAAAAAAAAAACGUAGCAAAAUUAAAUAAUAUAAAUAAUAAUCAAAUUAAUGAAUUAAGUCAUAAUGUUAUAAUAAAAAAAGAACCAAAUUAUUAUAAUCAUAUAAAUUCUUAUAUAAAUAAUGAUUCUAAUAAAAAAGAAAUAGAAUAUAAAAAUUCUUUAGUUAAUGAGGAAUUUAAAGUAGGAAAAACUAAUAAUAUAGUAUACUCUUCUUCAGAUUUAGAUAACAAGGAUCUCUGUGAUAAUUUGAAUUACCUAAAUUAUUUUAAUGAUAAUAACAAUAAAACUAAAAAAGAUUUUUCGUUGAAUGAAAAAACACCUGAGGAGGAACAGGAGAUUGGGAAUAAUACAGUUGAAUUUGACGUUUUUAAAUAUGAAGACAAUAGCUUUUUUUCAAAUACUAAUACAAGAACUAAUAAUUUUGAAAAUAUUAAUGAUAGAAAUCAGUUUAAUAAUACAAGGGAAGAUUUUCUUAAUUAUUAUAAUAAAAAUACUAAUAAUCUAUCUUUCUAUAAACAAGAUAAAAGAAAAAAUAAGAAGUGUAAUAAUAAAAAUAAUGAAUUUUUUUUUAAUGGGAGUGUAAACCAUGAUGAUAUAAUACAGUAUAUUGAUAUACAAUAA